UCUCAAGUUUCUUAUCGAUCGCCUCGAUCGAGCUUGAACUCGCAAAAGCCAUCACAUUGUGCUCAGUCGUUUUCUAUCAACCAAGUGAUCAAUAUGAAAAUCUUCUAUUGUGCCGUUUUGGUGGUGUCCCUCUGGAGUCAUGUCCUGGGAUCACAAUGUCUCCAACCGCAAUCCAAAAAUUGCAUAAUCACAUCUGUAGACGGCUCAUCCGAUCAGUUUUCGCUGCCGAAUCUCAGUGGAAAAACUUCUCUUCACAUCAAGGGUGGCUCCCUAACCAACUUCGGCGAAAGGCUAUCCAACCAGCUGGGCUCGGUUCAAAAACUGCAUUUGGGACCGAUAGGACUGAAGGAGAUCUUUUUGAAAGCCGAUUUGCUGGAAGUCAACGCCAUGAACAAUGAAAUCCACGUGGUCAGAUUCAAACCCUCGGAGAAGAGGUACAAACUGGAGAAACUGACACUUCAAGGCAAUCGUCUGAAACAGUUGACGGGAUUCGAAGUCCUAACGAGUUUGGCCGAACUCCACCUGGAAGAUAAUCAACUGGAAACCAUCGAUUUCAGUGUCUUUGCGCAGAUGGCAAAUCUGAAGGAGCUGCACCUCGAACGAAACUUGCUUACCAGGGUGGAGUCGUUGAACGUGAUUAGUUUGCCAAAACUGGAGAAUCUGUCGCUAGCCGGAAAUAAACUCACCAAAUUGGACGUGACCAAUUGGAACUUUGAAUCGUUGGAAAUAUGGGACGUUAGCUCGAAUGAGUUGAUUUACAUCGAUGGCAUGAACAUCGAAGCACAUUUUCACAGCUUACAGACAUUCUAUCUCUCCGGAAAUGAGUGGCAUUGCAGGUGGUUGAGCGAUUCGUUGAGCAUGUUCAACAACAGUGGUGUACAUGUUGGCGAUGAGGAUAAACGAGACGAUUGCGACAAACUAGGCGACAUCUGUUGUGCUUCGGUGGAAACUCUCGCCGAGAGUGGAGACGAUAAGCUGGGGGCCAUCAAGAAAGAUCAGGAAGCGAUUCGAGAGGAUUUGGAUAAUAGGAUAAAAGAUAUCAACGAGAGCUAUGAUGAGAAAAUUAAGGACUUGGCAAAAUUGCUCGACAAUUUGCAAGAGAAAUCGAAAACUCCCCCAACUGUGCCAACCGGAACCUUUAACGCAGAAGAGUUUAAAGAGUUGACUUCCAAAGCCAUGGAAUUGAAAACGUUGCUCAAACACGAGCUCAGCAGAAUCGAAUAUGAAAACAAAACGAACGAAAUUUCGGUCAAAACUUUGGAGCAAACCAUUUUGGAGCUGAGAAGAUCGCUGCAACGUGUUGCUGGCAAUGUUUCCGCCGUUCAGAAGCAAUUCAAACUGUUGCGUGAAAACACCAACAAGCUUUGAGAUGCGUUGGGAUUGUGAUGCAAAAUGAUCUGAAAUUACAUGAAAAUAAAAAAAAAAAUAACGUAUUGGAUACAAA